UAACGGAACAAUCCCUGCACUUCCGUUAAUGACACCGGCAGCGGAGUUGUUACAACUGAUUGUCAGCUUUUUUACAUUUCAGUAUUAACAUUUCUCAUUAUAUAUUUGAGAGGUUGUUUGGCGACGGAAAUUCAGUUUUAAUCUGUCGCUGCAGGUGCAGCAAGAGGCUUGAUUCCGAGUGUCGUUGAUUAUGGUGUAGAGGGAGCGUUUCUCUGAGACAGCAGAGAGAGCGUAGGGUAGCCAUGCUGACGUUGGCCAGUAAACUGAAGAGGGACGAGGGGGUGAAGACUGGCAGGGCCCCUGGGGGCCCCUCCGACUCCUCUCACAGAGUCUCUAUCAGGGACCGGCUGCUCAUCAAAGAAGUUGCAGAACUUGAAGCCAACCUUCCUAGUACGUGUAAAGCCAGCUUCCCUGAUGAGAACAAGCUACAUCACUUUCAGCUGGCUGUCUCUCCAGAUGAAGGCUACUAUCAGAGUGGAAAAUUCCAGUUUGAAAUAAACGUCCCUGAAGCUUACAACAUGGUGCCUCCCAAAGUGAAAUGUCAGACCAGAAUAUGGCACCCCAACAUCGCUGAGACAGGGGAGAUCUGUUUGAGUUUGUUGCGGGAGCACUCUAUCGACGGCACUGGCUGGGCCCCUACGAGAACAUUAAAGGAUGUAGUCUGGGGAUUGAACUCCUUGUUUACCGAUCUACUGAACUUCGAUGACCCAUUGAACAUCGACGCGGCCGAGCAUCAUCUGCGCGAUAAGGAGGAUUUCCGUAAUAAGGUUCAAGAUUACAUCAAGCACUAUGCCAGAUGAUGACUGCGUCAGCUGCGCCGGCUGCCUGCAACCCCCCCUUUCUUCGACUGCGCAGCUGAACCCCGCCCCCUAACGUCUCGUCAACCAACCAACCGCUGCACAUUGCUGACACGCCCUGACUGCAAUACAAUGACGCUGAAAGAAAAAAAAAGAUUUACAAGAAAAAUUGUUUUUUAAAAGUUUGAGGGAUUAUGCUUUAAUUGCCCUGAGUGGCCUAGAGUAAUCAUGCUGCGUCACCGCAGGGAUUGUCCAAUGACGGGGCCUCUCUGUGUGUCUGAGCCAAUAAUAGUGAGCGCAUGUGGCAGUGAGGACCCGGGAUUUAACCAAUCCACUUAGCUGUUAUUUAGGAAUUGACGAAUCAAAGAGAAAGAUUCUGUUAGUGUUUCUCAGUUCUAGUGCCUGCCAUGUCUGGUUGCAAAGAAAAUGCACACACACACAAUCCCUUCACACACAUUGAAAAGCAAACGCACUCAACUAGUUACUCACAACACACAGCACUUGGUUGUGCAUGCACACCCACCCAGCCACACAGAAACACACACAGCUGGAAAAACAACAUCUCUGUUAUGUCACUCAUUCAAGGCCUGCACUCCCCCGCCCACACCCACCUCAUCAGACAGCAUGUGAAUGACAAGUGCCACCGACCCAGUCAGUCCCCAUUCUGUUGUCCACUUUACUCAGCGUACGUCUGAAAUGGCACCCCUUUAUAUUGCCCUACUUUUAACAAGAGCCCUAUAGGCCCUGGUCAGAAGUAGUGCACUACAUAGGGAAUAGGGUACCACUUCAGACACUCCCACUUUCUGUCUGUUCUGUUCACUCAUCCACAGGGGGAACACAAUUUACCGGUGCCCCAGACACACUGUAACACUGUCCAGAUCAAGCUCCUAGGAAAAGACUCCAGCUGUACCACAGUACAAGUUCUACCACCACACCUGAACCUUGACCUUAUCUCAGCUCCCCUGACCUCUGGGGAAGCCAAGCGUAGAGGGCACUGUGCCUCUGAUAGUCUGUCUGUCUUGCUCCAUCCCUCCAUCCUGACGUUUCUCCUUCCACUCUCUUAGGCCCCACCACCCUCAUGCAUUCUCCUCUGCCCCCAUGGAGGUAGAGGGAAUACGAGGGCUCUCUUCUCUGCUAGGUUGUGUAUGAGAGUCCUCUGUUUUGAGGCAAGUGAGUGGGGUCUCCUCUGUAUGCAUGUCCUCAUGUGUCUGAAUGUCCCCCUGUGUGUGUGUGUGUGUGUGUGUGUGUGUGUGUGUGUGUGUGUGUGUGUGUGUGUGUGUGUCUGAGAGAUAUGUAGAUCUUUGAGUGUGUGGGUUUGUUGCUUCGCUUUGCCUGGGCUGGCUUUGUGCCUGUAUGUGUGCAUAUUGGAACGUUAGAUUCAGUGUCAUCACUGUAUUAAAAAAUUGUAUUCACAUGUUUGCAUGAGGCAAAAUGUAUGUGGCCAGGAGGUGGUGUAUUUUACAGUAGGUAUGUUAGAAGUGUGUGUGUGUGUUCAAAUGGACAGGGGUUCAUGUGACUUGUUUUUAGCAUGCUCUGGUUCCUAGCCCCACACUCCUUAUUUUACUGGUCCAGCUAGCCUAAUUCUCUGUGGGGCUCGGGAGGGUCUGUCUGUUCCUCAGUUUAAAUCCUCCUUUUUUUUUCUCAGAUUGUAUAUCCAUUUUUUAAGAUAUAUUAAAGAGGAUAUAAUAAGGAAAAACAUGUA